ACUCGAACCAAAAUCUAUGGUAAAAAUCGUCAAACGACGACACGAAAUUUGGCUGGACGAGACGUUCACCAAUUUUCCCUCUCCCAAUUCCCAAUAAUUCUUCUUCAACAUUUCUUCCCCAUUUCUUCCCCCUGUUUCGCAGUUUCUUUCAACCAACAUUCACUCCAUCGCCUCUUGCGUAAUAAAUCUCUUAAUCAGGAUUCAGUUUGUCGUGAACGUGAUUUUCUACCUGCCCUUUUGCCCGUUUUUAUUCCGCGGCUGAGAUCAUACCCCAAUUCUCUAAUUGUAUCAUUCAUUAAUUCAUUUUCUUUUGAUUUCUUCUACUGGGUUCAAUUCAACUGGAAGCAAAUUUUGUUGUUUGAUUUGGAUAGAUACCGUCUGAUCUUGUUAAUUUAGAUUGAGCUUCGCUGUAUUGUUCUCGAAUUUUAACAUUCCGUGAUGGAUAACUAUGGUUCUUCGCCUUCAUACCCGUACCAUAUGCCAUAUGGAUAUCGUCAUCCAGCUCCUCCUCCUCAAUACCCACCUUCUCAAUAUCCUCCUUCUCAAUAUCCACCUCCUCAUCAAUAUUCACAUCCAAAUUCAGAUUCAUAUGCUCGUCCUCCUUACCCUUACCCGUAUAAUCCUUCACACUCCUCGCCAUUUGCAUACCCCCCGCCACCAUCUCAUUCUGCCCCAUUAGAGUAUCAUCAACACCCAUCUCCACAUUCUGGCCCUGUACCUUACCCGUAUCCAUACCCUGAUCCCUCAACUACGAACGCUGCUCCUCGGCCAUCUAUUCAAUAUCAUAACAAUUUCCAAUCUGGUACAUCCCCCUAUCGGUAUCAAGAACCUAAUAUAUACCCUCCACCCGAAAGUCAAUACCCACCGCCCCCUUUGCGAGUAAGUAGCUUCUCCAGCCACUGCCAGAAUGAUAGCACUGAUUCUGCCUCUUCUGUCUCUUCCGUCUCUUCUCCAUACCCGCCUCUGGAUGACCUUUUGAGCAGUGUACAUUUGUCUGAUCAUCAAACAACUGCUCCUGCAUCACCUCCUGCACCUGCUGCACCUGUACCAUCUUCAGUUUCAUUAUUGGCGAAUGCACCUCAAAGUGCUAGAUAUGAUCGGCGUGAUCGAUUCUAUGGCUUUCCAAAUUCAUCUUUUUCGAAUUUUGAGACGGGGCACUCAGAUCAAAUGACUUCAUCAAAGCAACCUUCAUUUUCCCAUUCAAGCUCAUUCAGUGUGUCUGAAAUAGGUAAGGCCUUGCAGAUUGUUCCAUUGAAUACUAAAGCAUCAUUGAGAGUUUUGCUUUUACAUGGAAACUUAGAAAUAUGGGUUAAUGAGGCAAAAUGUCUUCCAAAUAUGGACAUGUUUCACAAAACCUUGGGGGAUAUGUUCUUAAAGUUACCUGGGAACAUGAGCAACAAAAUUGAAGGACGCGUGAGUCAUAAGAUCACUAGUGAUCCGUACGUGUCAAUCUCUGUAGCGAAUGCAGUAAUUGGGAGGACUUUUGUAAUAAGCAAUAAUGAAAAUCCUGUUUGGAAGCAACAUUUCUAUGUUCCCGUGGCACAUUCUGCUGCCGAAGUUGUUUUUGUCGUUAAGGACAGUGAUGUUGUUGGUUCACAACUAAUAGGAACUGUAGCAAUUUCUGCAGAACAAUUAUAUUCAGGGUCUUUAGUUGAGGGAUCCUUCCCAAUCCUGCUUGGUGGGAAGCCAUGUAAGCCUGGAGCUGUUCUGAAUAUUUCUAUUCAAUAUACCCCAAUGGAGAGGCUUAGUACUUAUCAUCAUGGAGUGGGCGCUGGUCCUGAUUAUCGUGGGGUUCCUGACACAUAUUUCCCCCUCAGAAAGGGCGGAUCUGUCACUCUUUAUCAAGAUGCCCAUGUUCCAGAUGGACACCUUCCACAUUUGAUGCUUGAUAAUGGUAUGUACUAUGUACAUGGACAGUGUUGGCACGACAUCUUUGAUGCCAUACGUCAGGCUCGCAGGUUAAUUUACAUAACUGGGUGGUCAGUGUGGCACAAAGUGAAACUAGUCCGUGAUACUGGCUAUGGGACAGAUUGUACCCUUGGAGAUCUUCUGAGAUCCAAGUCCCAGGAGGGAGUGAGAGUUUUGCUUCUUGUUUGGGACGAUCCCACGUCUAGGAGCAUUUUGGGUUAUAAAACUGAUGGUUUCAUGCAAACCCAUGAUGAGGAAACUCGCCGUUUCUUCAAACACUCCUCUGUACAGGUGAUACUUUGUCCCCGCAUUGCAGGAAAACGACAUAGCUGGGUUAAGCAAAAGGAAGUUGGAACUAUUUAUACACACCAUCAGAAAACAGUUAUCGUGGAUGCUGAUGCUGGAAAUAAUAGAAGAAAAAUCAUAGCUUUUGUUGGAGGGCUUGAUUUAUGUGACGGGCGGUAUGAUACUCCAUCACAUCCUAUAUUUAGGACACUUCAAACAGUACACAAGGAUGAUUACCACAAUCCUACAUACACGGGUAGUGUUGUUGGUUGUCCAAGAGAACCAUGGCAUGAUCUGCACAGCAAAAUUGAUGGUCCAGCAGCAUAUGAUGUUUUGACUAACUUCGAGGAGCGGUGGAGGAGGGCUGCGAAACCUCACGGGAUAAAGAAGCUGAAAUCAUAUGAUGAUGCUUUGCUGAGCAUUCAAAGAAUUCACGACAUAGUUGGAAUUUCUGAAGCUCACUGCACUAAUGAAAAUGACCCUGAAUCAUGGCAUGUGCAGAUUUUCCGCUCAAUUGAUUCAAGUUCUGUUAAAGAUUUCCCAAAGGAUCCGAAAGAUGCACCAAGCAAGAAUCUUGUAUGUGGAAAGAAUGUGCUGAUUGACAUGAGUAUACACACAGCAUAUGUGAAAGCCAUUCGAGCUGCCCAACAUUACAUUUAUAUAGAGAACCAAUAUUUCAUUGGAUCAUCCUUCAAUUGGAAUUCAAACAAAGAUAUAGGUGCCAACAAUUUGAUUCCGAUGGAAAUUGCACUGAAGAUUGCUGAUAAAAUUAGAGCAAAUGAGAGGUUUGCUGCAUAUAUUGUCAUCCCCAUGUGGCCUGAGGGCGUUCCAACUGCUGCUGCUACUCAGAGGAUACUAUUUUGGCAGCAAAAAACCAUGCAAAUGAUGUAUGAGGUAAUUUACAAGGCUUUGAUGGAGGUUGGUCUUGAGGAAGCAUUCUCUCCUCAAGACUAUUUAAACUUCUACUGUCUUGGAAAUCGUGAGGCUAUCGAUGGAAAUGAUCCCUCAUGUGCUGGAAGUCCUCAUGCAGAAAACACCCCUCAGGCACUUAGUCGGAAAGGCAGAAGGUUUAUGAUAUAUGUUCACUCUAAAGGCAUGAUAGUUGAUGACGAAUAUGUGAUUGUGGGUUCUGCUAACAUCAACCAGAGAUCCAUGGAAGGAACUAGAGACACUGAGAUUGCUAUGGGAGCCUAUCAGCCUCAUUAUACGUGGGCAAGGAAAUUUUCGCAUCCUCGUGGACAGAUCUAUGGAUAUAGGAUGUCGUUGUGGGCGGAGCAUACAGGAACCGUCGAAGACUGUUUCAACCAACCCGAGAGCCUCGAAUGUGUCAAAAGAGUUAGAACAAUGGGAGAAUUAAACUGGAAACAGUUUGCCGCCGACGAGGUAACAGAGAUGAGGGGACACCUUCUGAAGUACCCUGUUGAAGUUGAUAGAAGAGGGAGGGUUAGGUCUCUUCCUGGACAUGAAAAUUUCCCAGAUGUAGGUGGAAAAAUAGUUGGGUCAUUUCUUGGUAUUCAAGAGAACCUCACCAUCUAAAAACAAGCUCACUGAUUGUAUACAAGGAGGGAUCCUACAGUAAUUUGAUCAAAUGAAGUUGCUUGGUAGGGAUAAAGCUGUCUGUACAGUUGUGGAAAUUUUUGUUAGCUACUAAAAGGAAAAAAGAAAGAAGAAUUUAAAAACAGAAUGGCCAUCAUUUCCUCCCUUUCCUGGGAAUGGCGUUUGUAAAUGCCAAUACAUGAGGUUUCUUUUCUUUUCUGUUUAAUGUUAAUAAUAUCUAUGUAUUUGGAAGUCGGUUUCCUCUCUUGCUUUCUCGUGUUUAUUACGAGCCGAGGCUACAUUUGCAUU